GGUCAAACUGGAACACUCAAUGCCGAAAUAGAAGCUCAGAAGUCUGCGGGAAAGGUGUGGCAGCUCAUUCUGCCUGGGUAUGGCCUUGGUGCAGUAGAGGAAAGGACCGGUAUUCCAGUCAAGGUUACCUCCAACUUUUCAAGGGUGUCUCUGAUCAGUAUGCUCGCUCCAUCCCCCGAUUGGUUCGUAGGAAUUGACAGCCAUGAUCUCUGUGACAAUGGCCAAUGGCGAAAGACCUGGGACGUCACCAUGUUACCACCGUAUGAUUCAGGCACUGAUAGCGAGCCUUCGUUUAUUGGCGAUCAAGCAACAGUGCCACCUGUGCCAAUCUUCCGAAUCAAUAACACCAUGGAGGGUGCUUUUAAGGCCAAUGAUCCCAUCAAAAGCCUGGGGGAGUUUCGAUUCAUGCUUCAAGUGGAGACGGAUAACUCCGGGAUGGAGAACUCGGCCGGCAAGGAUUAUGUUAAUUCGCUUAUGAUCGUUAUUGUUGCUUCCAUUCUGGCAUUUUUGUUUUAGGGCGCCAAAUAAUUUAAGUUUUUUUUUUCCGCGUCUUAGUGGAGUGGAGUUUUUGGCCUUUUUCCUAGAGAGCUGAAUAGAAAACAAAUAAACAAAUGCGAUUCAUUUUCUUGAGUCGCAGAUUCCAUUCACUGUGAAAAGUUGGGGCUGGUCAGCUGUGAAAAGUUUUACUUUAGUAACUGUGGUUUCUUUUGGAAAACGUUGCAAGUUUCACUCCCCUUCGAUCUUCCUCCAUGCUUGUCACCGCAUUUAAGUAAAAAUUUUCACAGAUUUUUCAAGCACGCACAACCCAUUUAUCAUAAAGACUAUCAAUAACGAAUCUUGCAUGAACUGACAUAAACCUGGUAUGAUAAAUGUUUCGGAGAGUUUUUUUUUUUUUUUUUUUUUACAGUUUAAUGAGGGAGAUGCUAGAAUAUCUUAGAGUCGAAGUGAUCUUGAACAGCGGUUCUCCCCCCCACCUUCCCCACCCCUUUCUCAAUUUUGGUAUUAGAAUAUAACAAUUUCCUAAAACCUUCCCCGCAGGGGAAGUGACGUUGGAAUUUUCGUGUGAAGGCAGCCAUCUACAUUACGAGCCAAAUUUGGUUUUAUCAACUGAGUUGAUAACUGAAUGUAAAUUGGCCACUGUAGAGAGUUUCUUAAGCUGAUUUUCCGAGCGCAAGCCCUUCGUCAGAGCGAAACAUCACCACGGUUUCUAUAUAAACUUAUCCCCCUCAUUAUUUUUUCGAAUUACCAACAGAUGUGUAAAUAACAAAUAACUGACUAGUAUUACACUAAGGCUACAAAGAAAUAUUUCCUGGUGUCAUUACUACAGUCAGUGUCAUUUUUUUUACCGCCGUCGGGGUUGUUUUGUUUUUAGUCAUUAAUUAUCAGCGGAAUCACUAGACCAGUAAAUGCGUUAUUGUCUGAAGUGUGAGGUCAAAAUAGCCGGAGAUUGGCCGAGUCUUUGUGUGUGUUUGUGUUGUUAUGGAUCGAGACGAAGUUGACGUUGUUAACCCUUUCACCAUCAUACAAUAUCAAGCAGGCAGGUGAUGAGAAUAGAAAAGAAUAUCAAUCAUAGGAUUAUUAGUUGAUCCAAUACCAAAUUCACUGAACUAACAUCAUAAGAAUUGUAUGGCAGAUAGUAAGGAGAAUUACUAAUUAGAUCUUGGGAGUGAAAGGGUUAAGAGUGCAAAAAGAAAUAGGAAACAAAAAGGAGCAAGGCUGAUGUCCAGCCAUCCUGACCGAACAAGCUUGGUCAACAAAGGAUCUAUCGUUUAGCGAAAAGAUUGUGCUCAAGAAUGACUUGUUGAUAUUCGGGCGCUGGAAAGGAAAACCAACUGCGAUGGAAUGUGCUCGUUUUAUAUUUGACAAAGUCAUUUUGAAUUUCUAUUGGAACUCCUUUUUCGACAUUGUCCCAAAAGGAAAGCGGGAUAAAAGCACGCAAGAUGGGCCAAUCUUGUCCCUUCGGGUAGACGUCUAUAACACGGGAUUCGCUUCACUUCACUGACCACAUAUUCUCUGUUCUGAAUAUAAUUCAUAUUAGUAUUGUAAGAUAUUAGUUUUAUCCCGGCAAGCUUCUACUUUUACCGUCACAUUUCAAACACAAAAAGCAAUAAUGAUGCAAUCUGACCGUGGAAUCGUGAAGAUAUCAUGAUACUGAAUGUAAUAAAAUAAAUGUAAGUUCAUAUCUAUAAAAUUAUAAAAAGGGUUCAAGUUUGCCCGACAGUAAAUGGAAACAUUACUGGUUAUAUUCUGUAUAGACAAGAGAUUAUAAACAGUUAAUCAUCUCUUGGUAUAGAUCUUGUCACGUAUUUUUGUGCGUGCGUGUCUAUGUCAGCUUUAAUUUAUUCCCUAAAAAGGCCCUGGUGAAUAUUUUAUUGCGUUUGUUGUUCUGGGUUUGUUUUGUUUUGUUUGUUUGUUUUUUUCUGACGUUGUGAUUGUUCACCAGUUUGUGGUGAACGCCCACGCGUUCAUUUGAAAUUCACGAAUUCUGACAGGAAAAAGCGUGUUUUCUUUGAGACUGAAAGAAAUGUUCAAACGCAAGGAAAGCCGGAGAGUUCAAAGUAUGUUCAAUAUCUUGAGAAACCCUUAUACUUCUUGGAGAGACUAUUUACCAUUCAUAAAGCAUUAUAAUCAUAGCUUUCGGACGGAGGCUGAUUUUAAUGCCCCAAAUUGUAUCUUUGACGUCAAGUUAAGAAGUAAAAAAAUAAAAUAAAAUAAAAUAACGUUUUCUUCAGAUACGUCAAAGGAACUUCUUGUCAGAUGAUUACAAACAAUUCAUUCGUGAGCCGGCUGCGAGGUGUUAUGAUUACAAACACGCCAGCUCCCAUUACGGAAUUAUCACGAUUGGCUCGUGAAACAAAGACUCACGGUGGGCAAAUUUGAAAAUAUAAACAAAGGAAAUGUUUCUAAAGCGAAUAUCUUUCCCACUUUAUGUCAAGUAUUUUCUCUUAUAAACGGUCCUCGGCGUCGAAAGUACAAAAGUCACUCUUGCGAAGAUGACACAGCACAUAAGCUCUCUCUUGGCUGUUCUUAGCGUUGCUGUGGUUUCGUCAACUGCAGUUAAGUGUCCUGGGACAGCCACAUACACAUUAUCGUGGAAAGCUACUUGGACCCAAGCAAAUCAUCCGAAUACAGCCCUUCCAAGCGGUGCACACUUUUCUCCUUUGAUAGGUUGUUCUCAUAGUGCGGACUACAUCAUGUGGCGGAGAGGACAGAAAGCUUCUCCUGGCGUUAAAUUGGUCGCUGAAAUAGGUUAGAAAAUGAACUUUUAAAUUGGUUAUUUUUUAGCCAUUGUACAAAAAUCCCUUUUUCCACAAGUUAAAUAACAAAAUAAAACUCGUUGGCGACCAAAUUUUAAAACGCUUCGACUUCCGUGAUCGGCCGACCAGAGAAUGGAAAUGUUGUUCGUUCAACGAAACUUUGUAUGAUCUUACUUCGUUCGUUUGAACGAUGCGGAUUUUUUUACUCUACGUUUUAGCUUUAGUCAGUUGUAAGCUUCUCAUCUGUAAAGGCAUUCACAGAAAUAAUUACUUUGUCAAAGAUCUCGAUCGUCUACAAAUAUUGAGGAAAAGAAUUUUACAAAUCAUGACGUCAAGGGCGUUACAGAAUAUAAUAUUCUGUAUAUAAUAUUACAGAAUAUAUAUAUAUGUGAUUUGCCGGCUGGGAGGUCCGUAUUGUGAAAAACUGUGACCGAGGUCACAGUUUUUCACCAAACGGACUGAUCCUUAGCCGGUAAAUAACAUAUUUAUUUUUUUGAAACUUGAAUAAAUUCUUUCCGAAAGAACCCUAAUGAUUUAGGGCUGUAAAUACGGCAAGAUCUUCCAUAAACUGAACAGUUUUUGAGCGAGUAAAUGGUAGUUAAAAUAGAGGUGAUGCAAAUUCAAGAGAGAUGCUUCAGCGAAUCACUUUCAUUUCCGUAACGAUAGUUUAAAAGGCUUCCAAACAAACUUUGAAACAUUAUUUUUACAAGUAUCUGUCACGAUCUGACACCUGUCAAUUAGAGAGCGCGUAAGUAAAAAAACGCGUAAGAACAUUUGAAAAACAACGGAACUAGUUUGGCAAGGCUCUUACGACAAUGUUUUCUUCAAAAACAGUCAAUGAUCUAACGGAAAGUAAUAUUCACUCUCAUCGACGAUUCAUUCUUGUACGAAGAUUUACCUCUGUUCAUUAAAUAAACGUCGAGGAAAGUAAUUGUGAGUAAGUUCAAUUUUUUUAUUUUGAAGUUGUGAGAGUUUGCUCGUUUGUUUGCUGCAAUGGCGUGUGUAAAUCUGGUCUUUCCUUGACAAAAAGUAAAUUCGAAUGGCACACUCCAACGAAACACAAGGGGAUUUAAUGCGGCCUUUUCUCAAAAAAUUCCUUCAGUAUCUGUUGUGCAAUUUACAGUACAAAUGUUCAAAUUGAACGGACUUGGAAAGACUCACCGAGAGCGUUUAUUGUUGUAGAACUUAAAUUAAAACUUCGCUCGCUCUUUCACUGCGAACAAAUUGCUUGAGAAAAUUCAGGUAUUAAAUGAAUGAAAGUUCCAUCAUUCAGUUUAACUGUAACCGAAUACCUCACGUUUUAACUCUCUAGGUUCUUUUUGUGAACGAUUAAAAUUAAUUGCAGAGGAUUCAUAAGUUCUUCAUCGGCUUGAGGUAGUGACCGACGUGUUUGCUUAAAAAUACUGCCCAGCCAGAAAAACGAGAUAUAUUUAUGAAAAAUGGCAACGAAAGUUGGGAUGGACUUGGCGACUCACGAAAGCGUUGCCGUGGCCCGUGGGCAGAGAUAGGAAAAUACUGACCGGGUAAAGAACCAAUCAGAUUGCAAGAUUCGUUACCGUGCCCUCUCAAAAAAAAAAUAUAUAUGUGUAUAUUUUUUUUUUUUGCGGAAAAAAAUAACUUAUUUAUCCUAUCUUUUCUCUCUCUCAAAUCACUUUGGUUGACAGAAAAAUAUUGGUUUCUGAAUGAAUUUGUAUAAGCAAUAGUGUCAUUACGUUGGUUGACAAGCGGCCUAAAAACUAUCUGCAAUUAAUUUUGAUCGUUCACAAAAAGUACCAAAAAAGGUUAAAACGUGAGGUAUUUGGUUACAGUUGAGCUAAUCGAUGGAACUUUCAUUCAUUCAAUAUCUGAAUUUUCUCAAACAAUUUGUUCGUAGUGAAAGGGCGAGCGAAGUUUUAAUUUCAGUUCUACAACAAAUAUAUACAAGUCUUUCCAAGUCCGUUCAAUUGGGACAUUUGUACCGUAAAUUACACAACAGAAACUGAAGGAAUUCAAUGAGAAAAGGCCGUAUUAAACCCCCUUGUGUCUCGUUGGAGUGUAUCAUUCGAAUUUAGUUUUUGUGGAGGAAAGACCAGAUUUUCACACGCCAUUGCAGCAAACAAACGAGCAAACUCUCACAACUUCAAAAUAACAAAUUUGAAUUUACUUACAAUUACUUUCCUCGCCGUUUACUUUAUGAACAGAGAUAAAUCUUCGUACAUGAAUUAAUAGUCGAUGAGAGUGAAUAAAACUUUCCGUAAGAACAUUGACUGUUUUUGAAGAAAACAUUGUCGUGACAGUCCUUGCCAAACUAGUUUCGUUGUUUUUCAAAAGUGUAUAUGCGCUUUUCUUUUUUUCUUACACGCUCUCUAAUUGACAGGUGUCAGAUUGUGACAAAUACUUGUAAAAAUAAUGUUUUAAAGUAAAUCACCUUUAUUAUUACUCAAAUGGCAAUGUUUCGGUGAAGCAUCUCUCUUUAAUUUGCAUCACCUCUAUUUUAACUACAAUUUACUCGCUCAAAAAUUGUUCAGUUUAUGGAAUAUCUUGCCGUAUUUACUGUCCUAAAAUCAUUCGAGUUCUUUCGGAAAGAAUUUCGUUAACUUUUGAAAAGUGUUGCCCCAAACUGAAUAGCACCUUUUGUGCUCUUUAGAGUUGUAUUUUCUUCCAUGGCGUUCAUCACUCUUUGUGUACCAUUGACAAAACGCGAGGUCGCCAUUUUCAGUGAAAUUUAGCGCACCUGCUUUAAUCGUCUCGCGCGAGAUGAUUAUAGCGAGAUAUGGCGCAAUUCUCAACCAAUCAGAGCGCACGCAUCCUUAUAAUCACCGGAGCACUCAAUCAAUUUAACUUCUUGCUUUCUAGUGGUGUUAAUUAGAACUGCGAGUGUAACCUCUCUGUCAUGACUUGACCAUUAUGCUUGUGUCAGAAGAGAAUAAUGGCAAGAGAGAGUGAGGGAAAGUUGAUUUUUCUCUCUUAAACUGGUGGUGAAAUGUCACAGGAAAGUAGCGGCACCUUAACUGAAAGAAAAUACCCAUGGAAUUAACGCCUGUUGGCUGGUUCAAUAUUUAGGAGCCUCACAACACCAAAAAGUGAAUGAAGAUGAUAUUCGAUGAUGAUCAAAAAAGAUUUGAAAUAUUGUGACGUUUUUCAUAGGUCAAACUAGAACUCUUAAAGGCGAAAUAGAAUCUCACAUCUCUGGGGGAAAAGCCUUGCAGCUCAUUCUGCCUGCGGGACCUGGGCUUGGUGCAGAGGGUGAACUGAACAAUAUUCAAGUCAAGGUUAGCUCCAACUUUUCAAGGGUGUCUCUGAUCAGUAUGCUCGCUCCAUCCCCCGAUUGGUUCGUAGGAAUUGACAGCCAUGAUCUCUGUGACAAUGGCCAAUGGCGAAAGACCUGGGACGUCAUCAUGUUACCACCGUAUGAUUCAGGCACUGAUAGCGAGCCUACGUUUAUUGGCGAUCAACCAACAGUGCCACCUGUGCCAAUCUUCCGAAUCAAUAACACCAUGGAGGGUGUUUUUAAGGCCAAUAAUCCCAUCAAAAGCCUGGGGGAGUUUCGAUUCAUGCUUCAAGUGGAGACGGGCAACUCCGGGAAGGAGAACUCGACCGAGAAGGAGAACUCGACCGAGAAGGAGAACUCGACGGAGAAGGAGAACUCGACCGAGAAGGAGAACUCGACCGAGAAGGAGAACUCGACCGGGAAGGAGAACUCGACCGAGAAGGAGAACUCGACCGGGAAGGAGAACUCGGCCGGGAAGGAGAACUCGGCCGGGAAGGAGAACUCGGCCGGGAAGGAGAACUCGGCCGGGAAGGAGAACUCGGCCGGGAAGGAGAACUCGGCCGGGAAGGAGAACUCGGCCGGGAAGGAGAACUCGGCCGGGAAGGAGAACUCGGCCGGCAAGGAUUGUGUUGAUUCGCUUAUGAUCGUUAUUAUUGCUUCCAUUCUGGCAUUUUUGUUUUAGGGUGCCAAAUAAUUUAAGUUUUUUUUUUUCGCGUCUUAGUGGAGUGGGGUUUUUGGCCUAUUUAAAUAGAAAACGAAUAAACAAAUGCGAUCCAUUUUCUUGAGUCGCAGAUUCCAUUCACUGUGAAAAGUUGGGGCUGGUCAGCUGUGAAGAGUUUCAACUGUGGUUUCUUUUGGAAAACGUUACAAGUUUCACUCCCCUUCGAUCUUCCUCCAUGCUUGUCACCACAUUUAAGUGAAAAUGUUCACAGAUUUUUCAAGCACGCACAACCCAUUUAUCAUAUUUAUCAUUAAAACUAUCAAUAACGAAUCUUGCAUGAACUGACAUAAACCUGGUAUGAUAAAUAUUUCGGAGAGUUUUUUUUUUUUUUUUACAGUCUAAUGAGGGAGAUGCUAGAAUAUCGUCUUAGAGUCGAAGUAAUCUUGAACAGCGGUUCUCCCCCCCACCUUCCCCACCCCUUUCUCAAUUUUGGUAUUAGACUAUAACAAUUUCCUAAAACCUUCCCUGCAGGGGAAGUGACGUCAGAAUUUUCGUGUGAAGGCAGCCAUCUACGUUACGAGCCAUAAUUUGGUUUUAUCAACUGAGUUGAUAACUGAAUGUAAAUUGGCCACUGUAAAGAGUUUCUUAAGCUGAUUUUCCGAGCGCAAGCCCUUCGUCAGAGCGAAACAUCACCACGGGCUACAAAGAAAUGUUUCCUGGUGUCAUUACUACAGUCAGUGUCAUUUGUUUUUACCGCCGUCGGGGUUGUUUUGUUUUUAGUCAUUAAUUAUCAGCAGAAUCACUAGACCAGUAAAUGUGUUAUUUUCUGAAGUGUGAGGUCAAAAUAGCCGGAGAUUGGCUGAGUCUUUGUGUGUGUUUGUGUUGUUAUGGAUCGAGACGAAGUUGAGGUUCUUCUUAACCCUUUCACUCCCACAAGUGACCAAGACAGAAUUUCUCCUUACAAUAUCAAUACAAUAUUAAGCAGGCAGGUGAUGAGAAUAGAGAAGAAUAUCAAUCAUAGGAUUAUUAGUUGAUCCAAUACCAAAUUCACUGAACUAACAUCAUAAGAAUUGUAUGGCAGAUAGUAAGGAGAAUUACUAAUUAGAUUUUGGGAGUGAAAGGGUUAAGAGCGCAAAAAGAAAUAGGAAACAAAAAGGAGCAAGGCUGAUGUCCAGCCAUCCUGACCGAACAAGCUUGGUCAACAAAGGAUCUAUCGUUUAGCGAAAAGAUUGCGCUCAAGAAUGACUUGUUGAUUUUCGGGCGCUGGAAAGGAAAACCAACUGCGAUGGAAUGUGCUCGUUUUAUAUUUGACAAAGUCAUUUCGAAUUUCUAUUGGAACUCCUUUUUCGACAUUGUCCCGAAAGGAAAGCGGGAUAAAAGCACGCAAGAUGGGCCAAUCUUGUCCCUUCGGGUAGACGUCUAUAACACGGGAUUCGCUUCACUUCACUGACCACAUAUUCUCUGUUAGAAAUAUAAUUCAUGUUGGUAUUGUAAGAUAUUAGUUUUAUCCCGGCAAGCUUCUACUUUUACCGUCACAUUUCAAACACAAAAAGCAAUAAUGAAUGCAAUAUGACCGUGGAAUCGUAAAGACAUAGAAUGUAAUAAAAUAAAUGUAAGUUCAUAUCUAUAAAAUUAUAAAAAAGAUUCAAACUUGCCCGACAGUAAAUGGAAACAUUACUGGCUAUAUUCUGUAUAGACAAGAGAUUAUAAACAGUUAAUCAUCUCUUGGUAUGGAUCUUGUCACGUAUUUUUGUGUGCGUGUGUCUAUGUCAGCUUUAAUUUAUUCCCUAAAAAGGCUUUGGUGAAUAUUUUAUUGCGUUAGUUGUUCUGGGUUUGUUUUGUUUUGUUUUUCUGACGUUGGGAUUUUUCACUAGCUUGUGGUGAACACCCACGCGUUCGUUUGAAAUUCACGAAUUCUAACAGGAAAAAGCGUGUUUUCUUUGAAACUGAAAGAAAUGUUCAAACUCAAGAAAGCCGGAGAUUUCAAAGUAUGUUCAAUAUUUUGCGAAAACCUUACUUCUUGGAGAGACUAUUUACCAUUCAUAAAGCGUUAUAAUCAUAGCUUUCGGACGGAGGCUGAUUUUAAUGUCCCAAAUAGUAUCUUUGACGUCAAAUUAACAAGUAACAAAAAUAAUAAUGAAAUAAAAAAACCUUUUCGUCAGAUACGUCAAAGGAACUUCUUGUCAGAUUACAAAAUAUUCAUUCGUGAGCCGGCUGCGAGUUGUUAUGAUUACAAACACGCCAGUUCCCAUGACGGAAUUAUUACGAUUGGCUCGUGAAACAAAGACUGAUGGUGGGCAAAUUUGAAAAUGAAAGCAAAGGAAAUGUUUCUAAAGCAGAUAUCUUUUCCACUUAAUGUCACGCAUUUCUAAGUUAUGAUUUGCUGAGUCACUGGUGCUCUUCAAAUUUAAUCAUCUUUUUAAAAUAAAACCGGAGUCAGGCUAAGAUGAUAAUUUUAAAUUGAAGCAAGUUAUAAACGGUCCUCGGCGUCGACUGCGAAAGUCACUCUUGCGAAGAUGGCACAACACAUAGGCACUCUCUUGGCUGUUCUUAGCGUUGUUGUAGUUUCGUCAACUGCAGUUAAAUGUCCUGGGACAGCCACAUACACAUUAUCGUGGAAAGCUACUUGGACCCAAGCAAAUCAUCCAAAUACAGCCCUUCCAAGCAGUGCACACUUUUCUCCUUUAAUAGGUUGCUCUCACAGUGCGGACUACAUCAUGUGGCGAAGAGGACAGAAAGCUUCUUCUGGCGUUAAAUUGGUGGCUGAAACAGGUUAGAAAAUGAACUUUUAAAUUGGUUGUUUUUUAGCCAUUGUACAAAAAUCCCUUUUUCCACAAAUUAAACAACAAAAUAAAACUUGUCGGCGACCAAAUUUUAAAACGCUUCGACUUCCGUGAUCGGCCGACCAGAGAAUGCAAAUGUUGUUCGUUCAACGAAAUUUUGUAUGAUCUUACUUCGUUCGUUUGAACGAUGCGGAUUUUUUUUCUCUACAUUUUAGCUUUGGUCAGUCGUAAGCUUCUCAUCUGUAAAGGCAUUCACAGAAAUAAUUACUUUGUCAAAGAUCUCGAUCGUCUAAUAUAAUGGGGAAAGGAAUUUCACAAAUCAUGACGUCAAGGGCGUUACAGAAUAUUUAUAUUUUAUCUCUGCCCAAGGGCAAAAGUAACGCUUUCGUGAGUCGCCGAGUACAUCCCUACUUUCGUUGCCAUUUUUCAUAAAUAUAUCUCGUUUUUCCGGCUGGGCAGUAUUUUUAAGCAAGGACGUCGGUCACUACCUCAAGCCGAUAAAUAACUUAUCAAUCCUCUUUUUUUCUCUCUCUCAAAUCACUUUGGUUGACAGAAAAAUAUUGGUUUCAGAAUUAAUUUGUACAAGCAACAGUGUCAUUACUUUGGUUGACAAGCGGCCUUAAAACCGUUUGCAAUUAAUUUUAAUCGUUCACAAAAAGUACCUAAAAAGUUAAAACGUGAGGUAUUUGGUUACAGUUGAACUAAUCGAUGGAACUUUCAUUCAUUUAAUAUCUGAAUUUUCUCAAACAAUUUGUUCGUAGUGAAAGGGCGAGCAAAGUUUUAAUUUCAAUUCUACAGCAAAUAUACGCUCUCGGUGAGUCUUUCCAAGUCCGUUCAAUUUGGACAUUUGUACCAUAAAUUGUACAACAGAAACUGAAGGAAUUCAAUGAGAAAAGGCCGCAUUAAACCCCCUUGUGUCUCGUUGGAGUGUAUCAUUCGAAUUUAGUUUUUGUGGAGGAAUGACCAGGUUUUCACACGCCAUUGCAGCAAACAAACGAUCAAACUCUCACAACUUCAAAAUAAAAAAUUUGAAUUUACUUACAAUUACUUUCCUCGCCGUUAACUUAAUGAACAGAGGUAAAUCUUCGUACAUAAAUUAAUAGUUGAUGAGAGUGAGUAGUACUUUCCGUAAGAUCAUUGAAUGUUUAAAGAAAACAUUGUGGUGACAGUCCUUGCCAAACUAGUUUCGUUGUUUUUCAGAUGUGUACAUGCGCUUGUCUCUUUUCUUACGCGCUCUCUAAUUGUCAGAUUGUGACAACUACUUGUAAAAAUAAUGUUUCAAAGCUUGUUUCCUACGCUUAUCUCGUGUGCUCCCAACCUCCCGCGUUUUUACAUCAGGCUAUGUAAACACGGAAACCAUUUUACAUUUCUUCAUUAUCAUUACACAAAUGACAAUGUUUCGGUGAAGCAUCUCUCUUUAAUUUGCAUCACUUCUAUUUUAACUACCAUUUACUCGCUCAAAAAUUGUUCAGUUUAUGGAAUAUCUUGCCGUUUUUACUGCCCUAAAUCUUUCGUGUUCUUUCGGAAAGAACUUCGUUAAGUUUAAAGUAUAUAUAUAUGUUAUUUUCCGGCUGGGAGGUCCGUAUGGAGAAAAACUGUGACCGAGGUCUUGAAAAUGCUGCCCGAGGCCUACGGCCUCGGGCAGCAUUUUCAAGGCCGAGCCCUUUAAAAAAAAAAAAUAUAUAUAUAUAUUUAUAUAAUAAGCCCAGUUAUGCACGCGUUUUGAUUGGUUCUCACUUAUGAUCUAUUGGAGGAUAGACGUAUAGAUGACGUCAUCAUUAAAACUUUUUUAAAUUCUUUAUUAUAUAAAACAAAUAGAUUCCAAGUUGCCGUGCGUCUGUUCAGUAAUAGAUCACAGAGGACGUCAAAAUGUGGUAAGAACAUCAGUGGCACACGAGGCGCAGCCGACAACUUGGAAUCUAUUUGUUAAAUAUAUAUAUAUGUUUAUUUUUCACUAAACGGACCUCCUAGCCGGCAAAUAACAUAUACAUACUCAGAGUCUAAGGCAGAUAAUUGUUUUAGUAAAAUUGUUCAGUUGCUUUCAAAUUCUGUUUCAAAAAUCGUUUUGUUUUUGAAACCACUCCGUUAAAAUUGUUACGAUUACUCGUAUCGAGAUAAGCAGCCAGUUUCCAUUAGAAUUUAACAAUCUUCUCGAUUAAAUCAGCAAAAACUUCAUAUCUUUCUUUUGAAAAGUGUUACCCCAAACUGAAUAGCACUUUUGUGCUCUUUAGAGUUGUAUAUUCUUCCAUAGCGUUCAUCACUCUUUGUGUACCAUUGACAAAACGCAAAGCAGCCAUUUUGAAAUUUAGCACCCCAGCUGUAAUCGUCUCGCGCGAGAUGAUUAUAGCGAGAUAUGGCACAAUUCUCGACCAAUCAGAGCGCGCGCAUCUCUAUAAUCACCGGAGCACUAAAUCAAUUUAACUUCUUGCUUUCUGGUGAUCUGCGAGUGUAAUCUCUCUGUCAUGAUUUGACCAUUAUGCCUGUGUCAGGAGAGAAUCAUGGCAAGAGAGAGUGAGGGAGAGUUGAUUUUUCUCUCUUAAACUGGUGGUGAAAUGUCACAGGAAAGUAAUGGCACCUUAACUGAAGAAAAAUACCCUUGGAAUUAACGCCUGUUGGCUGGUUCAAUAUUUAGGAGCCUCACAACACCAUAAAGUGAAUGAAGAAGAUAUUCGAUGAUGAUCAAAAAAGAUUUGAAAUAUUGUGACGUUUUUCAUAGGUCAAACUGGAACUCUUAAAGGCGAAAUAGAGUCUCAAAUCUCCGGGGGAAAAGCCUUGCAGCUCAUUCUGCCCGCGGGACCUGGGCUUGGUGCAGUGGAUGAACUGACCAAUAUUCAAGUCAAUGUUACCUCCAACUUUUCAAGGGUGUCUCUGAUCAGUAUGCUCGCUCCAUCCCCCGAUUGGUUCAUAGGAAUUGACAGCCAUGAUCUCUGUGACAAUGGCCAAUGGCGAAAGACCUGGGACGUCACCAUGUUACCACCGUAUGAUUCAGGCACUGAUAGCGAGCCUACGUUUUUUGGCAAUCAACCAACAGUGCCACCUGUGCCAAUCUUCCGAAUCAAUAACACCAUGGAGGGUGCUUUUAAGGCCAAUAAUCCCAUCAAAAGCCUGGGGGAGUUUCGAUUCAUGCUUCAAGUGGAGACGGACAACUCCGGGAAGGAGAACUCGACCGAGAAGGGGAACUCGACCGAGAAGGAGAACUCGACGGAGAAGGAGAACUCGACCGAGAAGGAGAACUCGACCGAGAAGGAGAACUCGGCCGACAAGGAUUGUGUUAAUUCGCUUAUGAUCAUUAUUGUUGCUUCCAUUCUGGCAUUUUUGCUUUAG